CAGACACGAUGCGAUCAAUGUUUUGACCCAGUCAUUAGUUGUCGCGUGUGUAUAUAUGUCCAUGCACUACCUUUAUAGACCACGCACGAGCUUCAUUAGCUUACAAUUGUUUUAGCUUGGCGAAGCUGUGUUGCCUCACGAUGUCUCUCUCUGUCCAGAAAUGGUUUUGCGUCCUGAUUCUGUGUAUGUUCUCUCAUGACGUUGUUGCAAAAACAGUUAGGCGCAAUGUUCUCUUCAUCAUGGCUGACGAUUUGAGACCAACAUUAGGAUGCUACGGGGAUCCUAUUGUAAAGUCACCAAACAUUGAUCAACUUGCCUCUAAAAGUAACGUCUUUCUCAACGCAUAUGCCCAGCAAGCAGUGUGUGGACCAAGUCGGACCUCCUUACUAACAAGUCGUAGACCUGACACAACCCGGUUAUAUGACUUUAACUCCUACUGGAGAGUGCAUGCGGGGAACUACACCACUCUCCCUCAGUACUUCAAGUCAAAGGGCUACACCACCAUGUCGGUUGGAAAGGUUUUUCACCCAGGCAUAGCCUCUAAUCACUCAGAUGAUUACCCGUACAGCUGGUCUGUACCUCCUUAUCAUCCUCCCUCUUUCAAGUAUGAAAAUAUGAAGGUUUGCAAGGGCAGUGAUGGCAAACUGCAUGCCAACCUGUUGUGCUCAGUUAAUGUGUCUGAAACCCCUCUUGGGACACUGCCAGACAUGGAGAGCACAGAGGAGGCCAUCAGGCUGCUCAAGUCCACCAGGGAUUCUGGCAAGAAUUUCUUUCUGGCUGUUGGAUUCCACAAACCUCACAUUCCCUUCAGAAUCCCACAGGAUUUCUUGACACUCUAUCCCCUGGAUAAGAUGAGCUUGCCUCCAGACCCUGACGUUCCUAAAGGCCUCCCCAGCGUGGCCUACAAUCCCUGGACUGACAUCAGGAAAAGGGAAGAUGUCCAAGCUCUUAACAUCAGCUUCCCAUAUGGGCCAAUCCCAAAAGAUUUCCAGCUCCAGAUUCAACAGCACUAUUAUGCAUCUGUGUCAUACAUGGACUCCCAAGUGGGUCGGUUGUUGAAUACUCUGGAUUAUCUUGGCCUGGCUGAAGACACUGUUGUGGUCUUUACAUCUGACCAUGGCUGGUCACUUGGGGAGCAUGGAGAAUGGGCCAAAUACAGCAACUUUGACGUGGCCACUCGCAUUCCACUAAUGUUCUACGUAGCAGGUGUGACUGCAGUCCGUCCUUGGCCCGAGACCUUCCCUUACAUUAAUGUGUUUGGCCCAACACCGCAUCGCUUCACACGAGGAGGAACAGUGCGCAACGUGAACGAGCUGCUAGAUAUCUUCCCCACUGUGUCUGUCCUGGCUGGGCUGAAGCCCCCGCUCCCCUGUCCCGACAACUCCUUUGACGUGGAGCUCUGCACCGAGGGACACGACCUGGCCUACACCUUCAACAACGACGACAACCGCAAGAAGUCUGAGGCCAUUGCCUUCAGCCAGUACCCCCGGCCCGCCGACACCCCCCAGGAAAACUCUGACCUGCCCGACCUGAAGGACAUCCGGAUAAUGGGCUAUUCUCUGCGCUCCUGGGACUAUCGCUUCACCGUGUGGGCGGGCUUCGACCCAGCUAGCUUCCAGGCUAACCUGUCAGACGUGCAUGGUGGGGAGCUGUACCUCCUGGAGGAAGACCCAGGCCAGGACCACAACCUGUACAACACCUCUGAGCACAGCCUGCUGCUCUGCAAGCUGGGCCAGGGAAAGCAGCCCUGGGCACAGACCCUCAAACAACACCUCCUAUACCUCACUGCAGGGAAUAAAUCUAAAGGGAUGGCAUGAUGCUUUGUGUAAUGAACUAUUUUGCUGUGUUCAUAAGGGAUGUUUCCAUUCUAGGCAAGUGCCUAUAUCUAGAUUGUUUCAGCUUCUAUUGGCACUUUAGGUUUUUAGGUGUAAUCCUUGUCUUAGCAGUUCAGGUUUCUGGAUGUUGAUGGUGAAUUUCAAUGGCAAGAAUUUGACACCAGCUCUAAAUCGAACCUAACAACUCCAAUAGAUCCCUGUUCACUGGUUAUCAGUAUGUUAGUUUGAGAUCAGACUUAUUUUUCAAGCAUAAGGUAAAUGUACUGUAACAAACUGAUGGUGAAAUUUGUAUUUAUAUAGGGAAAGAUCAUUAGGGCCAACAUGGAGGUGUUGGUGAACAUGCUGUACUGUAAAACUAUCCACGUUCAUACUUUGCACAAUUUUUUUUUUUUUAAUUUUUUUUUUUUUAAAUGUACUACCAAAUAAGCAUACCUUUUUUUUGGGGGGGUGUGGGGGAUAAUCUUGUCAAUGUACAGUAGAAGGAAAAUACUGGUCCUCACGGAGGAUCCACCCCAGUGUGUUCAGGGCCAGCAGACAGGCUUCGUUGCCAGCUGGGCUGGAAAAUUCCAUUCUUGUUUUUUGCAGUCUGAACGUGAGGUCAGGCCAGUUGGAGAUGGAUCCAUGGGCUGAUUGAAGCUUAUUUUAAUUGCU